AGGUUUCGCUGGUAUGGCUAAUUGGACAGUUUCAAUCGCUCCAGAUACACUAAAAUCAAGGCUUCAAACAGGUACUAUAUUUCUUGAAAUUCUUGAGUUCCAAUGUAAAUAGCAAUGAACAAUAUUCAUGAUCUUGGAUCAAUUAAGGAUCUAAAUUGACAACCUCGCAAGCCAGGCUCUCUAUUUCCGCUUCAUGUUUGGGAGAGAAGUGGAAGUAGGGGACCUGCCUUGCGAGGUUGCUAAAUUGGUACUACAUCAGUGUACUAUAUCCGGCGUACUGAUUCUGGGGAUUGUACUUUAAAAACACUCUGGUUAAAAAUUUCCUGGUUAAUCUAAAAAUAAAAAUAACACUGCUUGGGGUAACUUAAUAUGAUCACUAUCGUGUCUAAUUUAACCAGAGUUCUUGGUUAAGUUAACCAGGUUGUGUUAGCUGGAUUAUUAACCAGGAAUUCUUAAUUGGUUAAAGCUCCACCUAUUGAAUUAUGAAAUUUGACCAGGAACAUUAAGUUCUCCCAAACAGGGUUCAUUUUAGAUUAACCAGGAAAUUUUGAACCAAGGUGUUUAUAGAUUCAAAGAUCAUUUUUAGCACUAACCCUGGGUGAGGUCUGCGUUAAAAUCCAUCUCACUGUUUUCGUUUGUUUUUUUUAUUGCAUGGUUCUUUAUUUCGAGAACUUUAAUUAGAAAAUAGAAUUUUAAUAAAUUCAGAAAACAUCUAUGGAAAUAUAUUCCAUGUUUACAUAAGAUUCCAUGAUUUCAUGGAUUUCAUGAUUUCAUAGAUUCCAUGAUUCCAUGUUUUUCUAUGUUUACAAUAGGUAUUAAGGCCUGUUUAAACGGAUCCAACAUUGUUGGACAAACAUCAUCCAACAAUGUUACUAUAAUAGAUAUGACUGCUUCUCUUUCAAAUCUUUCUGGUUAGAUAAGCUUUACUCAAACUCUAAACCUACUAGUCUUGACAAAAAUAUUUGAAAAAGAGGCCGUUUGGGCCAUUAUUUCAACAAUGUUGGAUGAUGUUGGCCCAACAAUGUUGGAUCCGUUUAAACAGGGCUUUAGUAAGAUAAGUUUCUCAGUUCAAAAAUGUGAGCUUACCAGGUUUUAAGCUAAUAGGUUUUCGAAAUACCACGGUUCCUGCUGAAGAACUAAUCUAACGCUAUACUACAGUAUGAUACUUCACAGACUAUAACUAGGGAAAGGCAGUAUCAGAAAUCCACAUUGGAUGUUGUAUUCACAACGUAGACCUCCUAUACUUAUCACUUGAUUCUGUUUUUCCUAGCUCCUGACGGAACCUACCCAAAUGGAGUUCGUGAUGUUUUUAAACAAUUAGUAAGUUUAUUGUUUAACUAUUAAGUGUUUGUGUUCCAUAUAUAUUGAACGCCUUAUAAUGAGCUCCAUAAGCGACCAUGCCCGUGGGGUAAACGUCAUUAUUACGUGGUGUUUCCACAAACAAAAACAAUUAUAUUUUAUCGCCAUGCAAACAUAGUACAAAGAACUUAGUACAUAUUUUGAUAAAUCGGAGUACAAUUAUAAUUUCAAUAUAUAAUUGUUCAGUAGUUAGAGACACAAAUUUGUGAUUAUUUCACACUUUAGAUGCGUGAAGAAGGUCCCAAAGGUUUAUUUAAAGGAUUGACGCCAAUAAUGUUUCGAGCAUUCCCAGCUAAUGCGGUAAGUCAUCCAUGAGAACUGAGAAGUAAAUGCAGAUACUGAAGCUCUGUCGUCACGCAAAAUGUCCGUAAGACCAACAACGACUGACAUUGCCCCUUUAAUGUUCUUUUCUUUAGGCAUGUUUCUUAAGCUAUGAAAUGGCAAUGAAACUACUAAACUGGAUGGCACCAAGUUGGUAGAAGACUCAAUGAAUUGCUUACAUGUUAAAUAUGGUAGGAAUUAUGGAUUACAACGAUUGAUAUACUUUCUUGUAUAGAUUUUGACUUGUUAUUUAACCAAUUUUAUGUCUGAACUCAAUAAAUAUUUGAUAUAUGUACUAUCUCAUGAUAUACUAAAUGCUAAAUUAUUAUAUUUAUCGAC